AAAAAUAAAAAAGCAGACUUUUUUUUCUCAGAGUCGGAGGUUUUAGAGAGAGAGAGAGGGAAGAAGAUGAAGCGGACGGUGAUGGACAACGCGAUUCGAUCAUCGGUGGUGGUAUUGGGAUCAUUGGCCUUUGGUUACAUGUCACUUGAACUUGGAUACAAGCCUUUCCUUGAAAAGGCUGAACAAUACGAAAGAUCUCUUCAGUCUUCUCAACAACAUCAACAACAAGAUCUUGUAGAUGAACAAGUAGAAGCGAGGUGGGACGACAAUAACAAUGUCGAGGGAUGGGAGGAGAAGAGGUAGUUCUAUAAUCAGUUUUAUUUGACAAACCUAUGAAUGUGUAAGGAAAGAACCUUGUCAAAAACUUUCUUCUUUAUUAUCUUGAUCCUGGAUCAUCGUUAAGAUCAUCAAAUCUGUAGCUAUCCACUAUUUUCCUUUUUUAUAUCUAAUCAAAUCACUUAUUAGGAUCAUAUCUCA